AUGCUCGGCGCUGCAACCCCCCUUUCAAAAACAUCCGGAAGAGGCAGUCGUUUUUUGGUCACAGCACCUCGCUGUUAUUGUCUCUUAACAAGAGUCCCCUUCUUUCAACUCCACUACGAGAUGUUAAACAGUAUUGUAGCACAGGAGCGCCAAAAUCGAAUCACACAGUUUGUAAGUGAAGUGGGCCCUGAUCGUUCCCUUCCAGCACCCCCACCGAAUGAAGACCAAGAGGAUGAAACUGAAACUACUGGUCAAGAAGAAGAUCCAACCCCUGAUCGCUCAUGGAUGGAUGCUGCAAUACCAGUCGACACCACCAUAACACUUUCUGCUAUAACUACAGGCAUUAUAGAUGAUACGCUAAAUUCGCCUUCAUGGUUUCAAACCGGGUCUCCUAGUGUUGCAAGAAAGGAGAUGACUUAUGUUGAUGAUUCCAAUAAUGAUGCCAUGGAAAAACGAUGGGAGUGUAUAGGAAAAAUGCAUGGUGAUCAUGAUAGUGUCAGAAAGGCAGAUGUUGAUGCGUGUGUUAUUCCCAUGAACCGGACACUUGAACGACAUGGAAGCGUUGGGCCCUUGUUCAGUUUGAUGAAAGGCGUCUUAUCAGAGGAUGAAGGCGGGGUACAUUUUUGUAGUGAUAGAGAUGCGACUAAUAAAACGAUCAUGGAAUGGGCUAAGGAAAACAAAAAUGACUUGCUACAGACUGUUUGCAACUAUCAUGCUUUGAGAGUUCCAUCAUAUGGAGGUAAAAUAUGUUUCAGGCCACUCGAGCAUCUACCGGCUAUUGAAUAUUAUAGAACUGCUUUUGCUUUUGGAGAUCAAACUGUCGAUAUGUCAGAGAUUCCCGAUAAGGUCAAGUUCAAGCUUGCUGCAAUCGAGGAAGCCGUGUCACUAUCAAACUGGACAACCAUAACACUUUGUAGAGCUCUUUCUCUUGAAAAUGUUCUAAUUUUGCUUUCAGCAGUACUGUUGGAGAAACAAGUGAUUAUCACAUCCCCAAAUCUGGGUGUCCUAUCAGCCACAGUGUUAUCUCUUAUUCCUAUGAUUCUUCCAUUUGAAUGGCAGAGCCUCUUCCUUCCUGUUCUUCCAGGGAAGAUGUUUGAUUUCCUUGAUGCCCCUGUUCCUUUUGUUGUGGGGAUACUGCAUAAACCAGGUGAUAACAAGAUGAAAUCAUCUAAUAACCUUGUUCGUGUUGAUUUGGAGACAAAUCAGGUGGAAAUGUCGUCCUUGCCAGCACUUCCUAGGCACAAAGAAUUGAUGACCAGACUAGCGCCACUUCAUGGUAGACUAUCAUGUGACAAAACUGCUGCUAAAAAGUAUCCGGUUUACAAGAGCAACAAAUGGCAGAUUGAAGCGGCAACACAUUUCUUAGCCGCUAUGAGGCAGCACUUGGAGUCACUAUGCUCAAACUUGAGCUCCCAUAUCGUCCCUAAUGUACAAUGCGAUACCGACCCGGCUAACCUACUUAUCAAGGAAAGCUAUAUUGAUUCCUUCGCCUAUAGGGACCAACGAUUUGUCAGGGAAUUUGUAGAUACACAAAUGUUCACGGUUCUAUCAGACAUUCGAUUAGCCAGACACGUCGGUUAACAUUCCAUUCCAUUCCAAUCCAACCGACAUUCCAUUCCAUUCCAAUCCUCUGUUUCUCAAAUAUCUAUUCUUGGGUUGGGUAGUGUUAGCCCAUCAUACUUUUCCCGAUACUUUUUUUU